UUAAGAGCUGUUAAACCCAAGGAGAUACCGUAGCUACAGAGCUUUCCUGACUGCUGCAGGAUGGCAGUGACAAAGUCUGCAUGCAGGUCCAGGAGUCUGUGUUUCACUUGCAGUCUUCUCUUCAUUCUGCUUCAUCAAAUUGUGGCAAAAAAAGAACUGAAGUUUGCAGUUGUAGUUUUCCGACAUGGUGACCGAACCCCCAUUGAAAACUUCCCAACUGAUCUACACAAAGAAAGCGAAUGGCCUCAGGGAUUUGGACAGCUCACUAAGACUGGAAUGCGGCAGCAGCAUGAACUUGGACAAUAUACACGGAAAAGAUACUCAAAAUUUCUAAGUGCCACUUACAACCGAAAACAGGUGUACAUUCAGAGCACAGACUACGAUCGCACUCUCAUGAGUGCUCAGACAUAUCUUGCUGGCCUCUUUCCACCGACAGGCAACCAAAUCUGGAAUCCCCGGAUCCUUUGGCAACCCAUCCCGGUUCACACCAGGCCACGGUCAGCAGAAAAGAUGCUGCAUUUUCCUAUUCCUAACUGUCCACGUUAUGAUGAACUACAGAAUGAAACCCAAGCAUCUAGUGAACUUCAAAACAGGAUGCAACCCUACCUGGAUUUUUUACAGACUGUGGCAGUAAAUUCAGGAUACGAGAUGGACAUUCUCAAAACAGUGGGCAACUUCAAAAUCUGGAAUACAUAUGAUACUCUACUUUGUGAGAGAAUUCACAAUUAUACUGUCCCUGAAUGGGCCACCAAAGAUUUCACAGACAAGAUGGAGAGGCUGACAGAAUUAUCCUUAUUGUCAUUAUUUGGAAUAUACAAAACAGAAGAGAAAUCACGGCUUCAAGGAGGUGUCCUCGUGAAUGAUAUUUUAAAAAACAUUAAAAAAGCUGCUAAUCCUUCCAACAAGAGAAAACUUAGGAUCUAUUCUGCACAUGACACUACAAUCGGUGCCCUGCAGGUGGCACUCAAUAUUUUCAAUGGAAAACUGCCUCCAUACUCUGCCUGCCAGUUUUUUGAACUCUAUCAAGAAAGUAGUGGGCAGUACAGCAUUGAAAUGUACUACCGAAAUGACACAUCAAAGGAUCCUUAUCUGAUCACUCUGCCAGGCUGCACACCUGCUUGUCCCCUUGAGAAGUUUACUGAACUGGUUUCUCCUGUUCUAGUGGAAGACUGGUCCAAAGCAUGUGGAAAUAAAGACAUAAUGAGAGAAAUAUUCCUAGGAUUGGAUUUUGUCAUUGCCGUGUUGUUCGUCUUUAACCUUGUGCUGUUAUAUCUCUUCUACCAGUUUGGAAGGUGCAGGCGUAGAAACACUUAUGAAAACCUUUAAAAGGAAGUUAAAAAAAAUGGGAGAAAGAAACUGGAAAACUUCUGGAGCAGACAGAUGUCUUUUAUUGUUUUUAAACUGCUCUCAAAGAAAUGUUCUACAUCCUGCAAUUGUGUUUGGUCAAAUCAAGCAUAAGAAGUAAAACUGAGUAACAAAAGCUUGUGAAACAAUAUUUGUAAAACACCGCAUCUUCUGUAAGGAGCAUCACUGAAAUGAACCCAUGUUCAGAGCUUACCUUUAUAUUAUGAAUGAGUUAACUACAGAUAAAGAUUUGUAUAAUGAUUUUUAUAUUAAUUAUUGAUGCUUCCAGUGGAGAAAGAGAGAAUGACUGAUUUUUCCCCCUACUUGUAUGUUUGGGUAUGGAUUAUCAUUGGUUUCACUUUUGUCACAAUAAUUUUGGUUGCAAAUCAGUCUGUAUUAUUUUCCUUACUAAUUAUACAAGUUUAUGUUUUUGAAAUUUUCAGCAGGUAAAAGCAUGAACAUGCUGGUACUGGUUGAUACCAUUAUUUGCACACACAGUUACCAUAUUAUCUGCCAAACAAUAGUCAGUUUGCUUUGCAAAGAUGUUAUGCGUCUGUAACUCUCUUUCAAAUCUGUUGAAACUCUGGGUGUUAACUAUCAUAUCUGCAAAUCAGGCCAGAAGCCUAGUACCAUGGGAUUCUGGUUGACGCCUAUACUCCUUACAUACUAUGG